GAAAGGCAAACGUCACCAUUGUGACUGAACGUGCCGGCGCGCUUAUAAUUUGAUACCAAACGCAAGACGGGCUAUCGUCUUUGGCUUUUAGUUUGGAUCUUGAUUGUGCGUGCUUGCUGUGCGGAAAGAUGGCUGCACCGGAUAUGCGCCUUAAUCACACGAUAUACAUCAACAACCUCAACGAGAAGAUUAAAAAAGAUGAGCUGAAAAAGUCAUUAUACGCCAUCUUCUCUCAGUUUGGCCAAAUCCUGGAUAUUUUGGUGGCACGCUCCCUGAAGAUGAGGGGUCAGGCUUUUGUCAUCUUUAAGGAGAUCAACAGUGCCUCUAAUGCCCUACGUUCCAUGCAGGGGUUCCCAUUCUAUGACAAACCUAUGCGCAUCGGGUAUGCCAAGGGAGACUCUGACAUCAUUGCUAAGAUGAAAGGCACCUAUGUGGAGCGAGACCGUAAGAAGGAGAAGAGGACCAAGGUUAAGGGCCCAGAGGGUGCAGGAGCCAAGAAGGGAGUGCCAGGAGCCCCUGCUGUGCCCAUGGGCCCUGGAGUUCCAACAGCCAUGCCUGGAAUGCCCAUGAGUGGGGCUCCUCGUAUGAUGCCCAUGCCAGGUCAGCCACCGUACAUGCCCCCUCCGGGCAUGAUGCCGCCCCCAGGGAUGGGCCCUGGUGGUAUGCCCCCUGGUGGUAUGCCACCAGGCGGGAUGAUGCCAGGGCAGAUGCCCCACGCCCAGGUUGCAGAAAACCCUCCCAACCACAUCCUGUUCCUCACCAACCUUCCCGAAGAGACCAACGAGCUCAUGCUAUCUAUGCUCUUUAACCAGUUCCCUGGGUUCAAGGAGGUGCGUCUUGUCCCUGGUCGCCACGACAUUGCCUUUGUGGAGUUCGAUAACGACGUCCAGGCUGGGGCAGCCAGAGAGGCACUCCAAGGCUUUAAGAUCACCCAGACAAAUGCAAUGAAGAUCUCCUUCGCCAAGAAAUAAUACACAACACAUUGGUAGUUCUGCAACGCACCAGAGACCUCUAGACAUGGACCCGGGCAGCACUGACUACUAACCUCUCUGUUAAGAAUGCACACUGCAUUGCAGGGAUCAUGAAGCUCCCCUCCCAUGAUUGAUCUGUGGGCACCCAUACCUCUAUGGUUCCCUGGUUUUCCUUGUCUUUUCUUUUUGUUUCCACUUUUGAUGUGUAAUUUCCCUUUUUCCAAUCCUAUAGUCAUUUAGAAUAACUAGGUUACUGCUGGUUUAGAGCGAAGGCAUUGACAUAUUGAAGCCCUGCCUUAGCUCUAAACCAAGUUCAGUGUCUUAAUUUAAAAAUGAUGCCAUUUGAGGUUAAUAUUUUUACUUCUUGCUGCCAGAGUAGAGUAUGGUGGGCUAGCCUUUAUAUAGCUGGUGCGGGUUAAGAUAAAUGUCAAUUAUCACUUGGUUUCGGCACCCCGAUUGGAUCGAAUCAGCUGUAUGUAAGUAUUUUUAAAUUUUUCCAGGUUCGGUCAUAAAGCAUUGCACCCAGGGUCUGGUUCAUCCCGGACAUUGUACCUGGAGCUGUUUGAUUAAACAUGUUUUUAUAAUGACUGA